CCAACAUCCAUUGUGUUCCGAACGUUUUACCAAGUACAUACUUGAAGUACGACUUGAUCUCACAAGACUUCGGAGUUUCAAACAUCCCGUCGCCGGUUCCUCAAGGAAAUCAGUCACUUGUCCAAGAUGGCCCUGACGGCCCCUUCCACCACCGCCAAACGGAAUACAUCCCAAAGCGGCAGCGGCGCAAAGCGACUGACUGCGCGGCAAAAGGCGCGGGCACGUCUGGCAGACCCUCUCCUCCCACGGAAACUGCACCGCGAGGACAAUGUGGUGACCGACGGCUUCCUCAACACCAAGCGCGACAAGCGGCUCAUCAAGCACUCGGCGUUUGUGUCGCGCAUCACCAAGGUCAGCAAGGUUAGCCGCAGCAGCAGCAGUUCAGAAACGAAGCGGCAGCGGCGGCGGCGGCCGUCCAAAAAGCUCGUCGCCACGCUAGAGUCGCUAGGCGAGGCGUUGGACGAUAUCCGAGAGGCUAUGGAUGCCGAGCAGGCGGAGAAGGGGGAAGGGCAGGAGGGCAAAAUAAGGCACAAGAGUCUCAAGAGUCGGCCUGGGGCGCUCAAGAGGAAGGAGAAGAUCGUUAAGGGGGAGAUGGAGCGGUUUGGGAGGAGCUUGGCGCAGUUGAGUGGGAUUCCUGCCGGCGGUGGUACUUCUGCGCCUGCGAGCGUGGACGCUGGUGCGGCGAAUGCAGGGGACACGGAGAUGGCUGCUGCUCAGGAAAGCGCCCCGGCAACACAGCCGGCGCAACAGCCGACGUCUACUGCACCGAACCGCUGGGCAGCGUUAAGGGGCUUCAUAUCAGCAACUAUGGAGCAGAAUCCUGCUUUCUUAGCCAAGAGAUGAAUAUCGAUACUUUGAGCUUCUAGCACGAUGUCGUCACGCUUCUUGGCAAGCAGUGUCUCGGGAACAUCA